AUGGCAAGAGCCUUGGGAGCGACACACACAAUCGAGGACGCAGGAAGAGAGGAAGAAGACAAUGGCGCCAUUAUCAAACUCCAAGAAGAUCCGAGGGUGGCAAAAGAGAGAGCCGCGGACAUGAUUCUCGAGAAAGCGCUCAAGGCACAAGAGGAGGGCGACGAAGGAAAGGCCAACCAAUUGUUAGGGAUGUGGGACAAUUUCACUCCUAUCCCCCAACCUAAUUGUUAA